AUGGACGAUCUACUCCAAAACCUCAAUGACCAGCAAAAAUGUGCCGUCACGAGCCCACAUCCCACCCUCCAGGUCCUGGCACCUCCCGGUUCCGGCAAGACGAAAACACUAACUGCUCGAGUCGCAUACCUGAUCUCCAAGCAAGGAUACAAGCCGUGGAAUAUCAUUGUUUGCACGUUUACUGUCAAAGCGGCCCGGGAGAUGAAGGAGCGGAUUCGGGGUAUCGUUGGUGAAGAGCUGGAGAAGAAACUUCAGCUGGGAACAUUCCAUUCUAUUGGCAGGCGGUUUCUGGUUUCCUAUGGGCAUUUGAUAGGGAUCAAGAAGGGAUUCGGCAUUGCAGAUUCUUCCGACACAAAAGCCAUCGUUAAACGUAUCCACAAGCGUUUGCGAUCCCCCUUGGAAGCAGGCAAGAUCGCCUCCCGGAUAUCGAGAGCGAAGGCAAAGAAGAAGCGUCCGGCAGAGUUCCAUGGAUCGAAAAAAAUUGAAGAGCAGGAUUUUGCGAGAAUUUAUGAGGAGUAUGAAGCCACUUUGGCAUCAUCCAACCUGCUUGACUACGAUGACAUCCUCCUCCGAUGCGUGGAGCUGCUGCACAACCACCCCGAGUGCGUAGCCAACGUCGAAGCGGUCUUGAUCGAUGAGUUCCAAGACACCAACAUUGUCCAAUACGAGCUCAUGAUGCUCUUUGCCCAACAUCGACAGCGAAUUACCAUUGUCGGCGACCCGGAUCAAAGCAUAUACAGCUUCCGCUCCGCUGAGAUUGAGAACUUGAACCGAAUGACGAAAGACCUUAAAGAUACGUUGUCGAUCCAUCUGGAGCAGAAUUAUCGGUCGUCUGCGGCCAUCCUCCGUUGUGCCAGCAAGGUGAUCCAGCAGGAUGCAAACCGGAUCAAAAAGCCGCUUACAGCGACCCAUUGUCUUGGACAGCGGCCUGUUCUUCGAAAACUCCCAUCAGCGACAGAUGAAGCUGCGUGGAUCGUAACGGAAAUUAAACGGAUCAAAACGCUGGCAGGAUCACUUUUCCAUCAUGAUGACUUUGCCAUCCUCCUCAGAUCAUCGGCCCUCUCAUUGAAGAUUGAGACGGCACUGGGGAAAGCGGGCAUUCCAUACCGAAUGGUGGGAGGAUUUCGUUUUUUCGACCGUAAAGAGGUCCGGGUAUUGCUGGAUUAUUUACGAGUCAUCAACCAGCCAAAUCACAACGACGCGCUUGCCCGGGUUAUCAACGAACCGCCGAGAAAGAUAGGCGAAGCAACGCUUAGAGAGUUGUUGGAAGAGGCGGAAAACAAGAAAGUGUCAUUGUGGAGCCUUGUUUUUGCCAUUGCACAGUGCAGAGGAAAUGUUCGAACGAAGGUAUCCGCAUCCGCUCUGAAAGGGAUGCAAUCCUUCGUGAACAUCAUCUUGACUUGCCAGAGUAAGAUCAAACGGGAAAGCGAUGAAAUCUUCUCACUUGUCAACCUAAUUGGGACUAUUAUUGACAAGAUCGAGUUCCGAAGUUUCCUACAGAAGCGAGGAGCCGGAAAGGAUGAGGGGGAGGAUUUCGAGGCGAGAUGGGCGAACGUUGAAGAACUUCUUGCCCAAGCGACAGAAAUAUCGGCGAUUGACGCAUUAGGCCUCGAGUUCCCUGAUGAGGAUCUUCUGGAACAGAUGGAAACGGGCCCCUCUCCACUCGAAGAGACAUUGGCCCAAUUUUUGUCGAACGUCGCCUUAUCUUCCAACGCUGAGUUGAAAGACGCGGAUGGGGAGGCGACGAAGCAAGUCACAAUUUCAACACUGCAUGGAGCCAAGGGCUUGGAAUGGCCAGUGGUGUUCAUCGCCGGGGUCUAUGACGGGUCCAUCCCCCAUUCUCGUGCGGACGACACCGAUGAGGAGCGGCGGUUGCUUUAUGUCGGGAUGACAAGAGCCCAGUCGCUGCUAUAUCUCAGCUGUCCGCUGAACAGCUCGAGGGAAAGCGAUUCGGAGCAUGCGGUUUCCCCAUUUCUCGCCGUCCCAGAACUGGAGCCCUAUUGUCUUCAGCAAGGUCCGUCCAUUUCCAUGGCCAUCAUCGAAGAUCUUGCGCGGAUCUUGCGACGAGACUGUCCCUCAGACCGAACGGUUAUCGACGGUGCUUUAGCGCUUGAACGUAUCGAGGACGACCUGUACCCUCUAGAUGGAUCCCGGCUCGGCUACCAAGCGAUGUCGUGGGAA